AGUGUGCAUUCAUUCUAAAUAUACAAUCAUGUGUGAGUGCGAAUGCUGCUGAACAUUCACAUUCUAUACUGAAUGGCAAUCUAGCAUUCAAUAACAAAACACAGUUUGUUUGUUUUGAAAUAUUUUAAGCCACUCAGGAAUGAAGUUUUUAUUUAUACAAACCAACAAUCAACAUUUUGAAAGGAAUGCCGAGUGAAUGCAGACUAUGUUGAUUCAAUCAUUUUACAGCUCUGCUAUUUUAGUACGAAACGUAUUUAGUACUUUUUCAGCGAGCUACCAACACAUUAUACAUGUAUGAAUACGCCUUGUCAACAGCGAAUUGGAACAAAAACUUUCUGCAAUCAGCUGUUUCCUAAUCCCAAAAAAGCUUCAACAGUUCAAUGGACUUCUCGGGGCGAUGUUUUUUUCUCUUGUUUUUAUCUUUUUCACUGAUAAAAAGAAAUUUCCUUUGACUAGCAGCGACAAUCUUCCUAACAUUUGGUUGACAAGCACAGCAAAAUGCUAAUAUCAGGAAGAUUGGCCAUAUCAGCAAAUUCAAAGCAAAUGUGGCUCAGUGCCAUCAGUAGAGGAUUCAGUAGCGAUGUCGGUUCUGGUGCAACGAAACGAAUUUGCAUAGUUGGUUCGGGACCGGCUGGAUUCUACGCUGCACAGUAUAUACUCAAACACUUGAAUGGAAGUGUGGUGGAUGUAAUUGAAAAAUUGCCUGUUCCAUUUGGUUUAGUACGUUAUGGCGUUGCGCCCGAUCAUCCCGAGGUGAAAAACGUUAUUAAUACUUUUACUAAAACAGCUGAACAUAAAAACUUCAAUUUUUGGGGUAACGUAGCGUUAGGCAAAGAUGUAAGCUUGCAAAAUUUGCGAGAACGCUAUCAUGCAGUUCUGCUGACUUAUGGAGCAGAUCAGGAUCGUCAGCUGAACAUACCUAAUGAAGAUCAGCCAAAUGUGCUGUCUGCUCGUAAGUUUGUGGAAUGGUACAAUGGCCUGCCAGGUGCACAACACUUAAAUCCCAUUUUGGGUGGGCAAACUGUGACAAUUUUAGGGCAAGGCAAUGUUGCUGUGGACGUGGCGCGAAUGUUACUUAGUCCAUUGGAUGUUUUGCGCGUAGAUACUACUGAAUAUGCUUUGGAGACGCUUUCACGCAGCAAAGUCGAGCAAGUUUAUUUGGUUGGCCGACGAGGUCCUUUACAGGCUGCUUUCACUAUAAAAGAAUUACGUGAAAUGUUAAAAUUACCAAAUGUGCAAACACUGUGGAGACCCGAUGACUUUACAGAUGUUCCUGCACAAAUACCCAAUUUACAGCGGCCACGUAAACGCCUCACUGAAUUGAUGCUGAAGAGUUUGUCAGAACAGUCGGCAAGUACUAGCAACAAGAAACAAUUCUUGCCCAUAUUUUUGCGAGCUCCAAAAUUUAUUAAGGAUAACAAAAUCGAAUUGACCGUUACAAAACUACAAAACGAUAUAGCUGUGCCGACUAACCGAUCUGAACACCUUCAAGCUGAUUUACUACUCCGCAGCAUAGGCUACAAAUCUACUUGUGUCGAUGGUGGAAUUUGCUUUGAUAAGCGCAGUGGCUGUGUAUACAAUGAAUAUGGUCGCGUGUUAAAGGAUGCGGCUAGCAAAACAGUAGACAAGGGCCUUUAUGUAGCGGGUUGGUUGGGUACUGGUCCUACAGGUGUUAUUUUAACGACUAUGAAUGGUGCUUUCAGCGUCGCAAAAACAAUAUGUGAUGAUAUUUUGUCAAAUGAAGUGGAUACUAGCAAAGCUAAACUAGGUUUGGAAGCAAAGCAAUUUAAACGUCUUGUUACAUGGUCACAUUGGGAGCGCAUCGAUCAAGCUGAGAUGCAAGCGGGGCAAAAACUAUGUAAACCACGCGAAAAGUUUGUAGAUGUUGAAGAAAUGCUCAAAGUGGCUGGACUUUAGCCCAUAGUACGAACGCAAAAAUAACUAGAUAUGGAACGUAGAACGUAGGAUAUAAGUGAAAAGGUGAAUGUCAAAAAAUAUAUUAUAUUUAUAUUUUUUCUAUCUUUUAAAUUUUACUAAAACAAAUCGUUUAGAAAAUGAUUAUUUAACAGUCAAAAAAUAUUGUAUUGUUAUAUAAUUUUUUAUAAAAAUAAAUCUGUAAAAUCCUU